ACAAUAUUUUAUAUAUAGGAAGGACCCCAAAGCAAAACAAACAUAUCAAAAUUUUCUAUUUUAAUAGAUUUUUCCUUUCUACUUUCUUUACUUGCUGCAACAAACUUCACAAGAAAGUAUAGCCACUUUAGCUAUCAUGGAAAAUCAAGAAGAAAUAAAAAACCGUCAUGAUUUUAUCUCAAAUGGCUUGAAUUCUCCUUCGACCACCGCAACAUCAUCUUCUUCUUCUUCUCAAGAAUUCGUCCACAACGACAAAAAUAAAGAAAAGAAGAAAAAGAAGAAAAAUAAUGAAGACGAUGAUAAGCACCCAACCUAUAGAGGAGUACGUAAGAGGAGUUGGGGAAAAUGGGUGUCCGAAAUUCGAGAGCCAAAAAAGAAAUCAAGAAUAUGGUUAGGUACUUACCCAUCGGCUCAAAUGGCAGCUCGAGCACAUGAUGUUGCGGCUUUAGCCAUCAAGGGAUGCUCGGCUCACCUUAAUUUUCCUUAUUUGUUUGAUCAAUACCCGCGUCCGGCUUCCACUUCUCAUAAGGAUAUUCAAGCAGUAGCCGCAAAGGCUGCUGUCAUCCCAUUUCCCGAGGAAGAGGAAGAAGAAGAAGUAGUUCGAGUCGAGCCAAAUAGAGUUGAAUUACGAAAUUGCCAUUCAUCAACAAAUUUAUUCUUGGAAAAUAUCAAAGAAUCUCUAAAUUCUCCAUCAAGAGAGGAUGAUGACACAUUUUUCGACUUGCCUGAUCUUUCCAUUGAUGUGGUGGAUCAAAAUAACCGUUAUUGGUGCACAAUGUCCACAUGGCAGCAGCUGAGUGGAGCUGACACAAUGGUAUACCGUCUCGAUGAGCCAUUCUUGUGGGAGUAGUCGAUAAAUGUGUACUUUUUAUAUCAAUCAAAAUAUUAAUUUUAGCAGUAAUAAAUUUUAGUAAUAAUACAUAUAAAUAUGUGUGUACGUAGGAGACAUACAUCUUGAAUUCAUUUAAUUUUUUUAUUUUUCGUAUGGCGUCUGGUAUUAGGACACUUCUUUUCAAGUGGAAAUGUUAUUUGGAAUAAAUAGAUUUUUUUUUUAAAAAAAAUAUAUCAAAAAUUGUCCCCAU